AUGCGCUUCGAUAAGACUGUCUUCCUGAGCGUUGUUCAGCGGCAGUGCGGCGAUGACCAGGCGGCCUUUCGCAAGGCUCUCGGGGAACUGCGGCUGCUCCAACUAUCCUACGGGUCCUGGAAACUUCUCUCUGGCCGCGUGCAGGCAAAGCUAGACGAUCAAGAGGUCGCCAGGUUCGCCGACGCCUUACGGGUAUACGCCACGAAAGACCGGGUCAUCGCUACAAACGUUGGCCCCGGCGCGACAGCUGCUCCGGACGACAAGGCGGGCAACCUUGCGAAGCAGAUUCCCGUAUGCAUUGGCGCCCGUCUGAUGCUGACGUCCAACCUUUGGCAGCCAGUUGGCCUCUGCAACGGCGCACGCGACCCUCCCUGCGUGAUCAUGAUGGAGUUUGACAAGUACACGGGGCCGGUAUUCCUGACCACCGCAGAUGGCAAGAAGAUUGUCCCCAUUCUGCCAGUAGACAGGGACUUCCUCGUCGGAGCCACACUCUGCACUCGUACGCAGUUUCCCCUGAUCGUGUGUUACGCCAUUACAGUUCACAAGUCGCAGAGCAUCACCGAAGACACGAUCGUGACGGAUCUGUCCUGCCGUGACUUUCAGACCGGAUUGAGCUACGUGGCCGUCUCGCGUGUGAAAACGCUGCAGGGUCUGAUGCUGGAUGCCCCGUUUGACCGCAACCACCUGACUUAUGCGUCGCCACCGGAAGGAAUUAAGAUGAAAAUGAGGGGAUCAGCAACUUCGCAAACGACAGGUUCUCACCCAGAAUCCGUGUGGCUCUUGAUUGCCAUCAUGGCAGAGCCUGAAGUGGCGCCUCCGGCCGACGUGGGGGCGGGGCUGGAUCCAACUAGCCCGUCGCCAUUGACGCGUCCGACGCGAGUGAUGACGCCCAGCGCACGAGUGCAGGAUACGUUACGAUCGCUGGAAAAUGCGACCGCGAGAGCUCCCAAGCGUGUCUCGACCCGAACGACGCGAGUCAUAUCGGUGGGCAACGAAAGCGAAAGAGGCGACGAGGUGAAGUCACGCAGCAAUGUGGAGACCGCCAAAUCGAUGAUGCAAAGGGUUCUAGAGAUGCUGGCGAAGAUGGGAAGCGAGAUGGUGGAGCUGAAACAUCGAGUAUCCGAGCAAAGCGACACGAUCAGGAAGCUGAGCGCCACGGUGUACAAGCAAAGCACCACCAUCCAGGGACAGGAAGAUCUGAUCCGAGGCUUGGAAGCCCAGGUCCAGGAAUCCAAGGAAGAGUUUCGACUUGUGAGAGAAUCCCGGAACGCCGACCGAAUCAAGAUAGUCUGCAGAGAUGAAGCCGAGCUUCAGCUGGUCAAAGAGGCGGCGCAGAAGACAGCCGUAGAGGGAGCGCGAAUCAUGAGAGACCAGCUGUAUCCGGUCCGGGUCGACAACGCCAACCGGACAGCAAUCCUCGACACGGAGGGCAAUAUCCUGCCCGGAGCGAUCGAAGCCUUGAGUGCCGAAAACAGAGUGACCAUUGGCAAGAUUUCCUGGCUGAGCAAACGAGAGUCUGCGAUGCUUGAGUCCCUCCGCAUCCUACAGCUGAAUGCACACAAGAGUGAUAUGGUGCAGCAGAGUCUGAUGAACGACGAAGACCUGAAGGAUUUUGCCGCACUGGCUAUAUCUGAGCCACAUGCGCGCAAUAUCGACGGAAAGGUGGUGACGAGUCCUAUGGGACACCAUAACUGGACAAAGAUGAUUCCGACGUGUGUUCGUGACGCCCUAUGGCCGAUCCGCAGCAUGCUCUGGAUCCGAAGUGACCUUGAGGCGGAGCAAGUGCCUGUGCCGUCGGCCGAUCUCACAGCAGCGGUACUCCGACUUGAGGGAAGGGAGGUGAUGGUGGUGUCAGUGAGACGCACCGAUGUGGUUUUGGCGGGGGACUUCAACCGCCAUGACCUCCUCUGGGGCGGAGAUGAAGUGUCAGCGAGCAGACAAGGGGAGGGCGAACCCAUCAUUGACCUGAUGGACGACUUUGGUCUUAGCAGCCUUCUCGCGAGAGGGACGAAAACGUGGCAGAGGUCGGACGAGGAGAGCACCAUCGACUUGGUGUUGGCAUCGGCGGAACUGGCGGACGAGUUGACAUCCUGCGUGAUUCAUCCAACAGAGCACGGAUCAGACCAUAGAGCGAUCCAGACGACAUUCGACAUUCGAGUGCCGGAGCGUACCUUUCCGCAGCGCCUGAUGCUCAAGAACGCGCCGUGGAUCGCCAUCGCAACCAGGGUCGAGGACGAGCUUCGGCCUCUUCCGUGGACUGUGGGGGUGCAGACGCAGGCGGAUCAGCUCAUGCGGGUGGUCACCAAGGCGCUUCGAGAUCUGACCCCUCGAGCCCAGCCGCCGCCAUACGCGAAGCGAUGGUGGACAAAGGACCUGACGCGACUCCGUCGGACGUACACGUAUUGGCGCAAUCAAGCAAGGGCGCAGCGAAGAGCCGGUCAAUCGCGGCCGGAUCUGGAGCAGCGCGCCAAGGAGGCUGCGAAGGAGUACCACGACAAUUUGCGGAGACAAAAGAAGGCCCAUUGGGAUGACUUCGUCAUCGAAGGAGCAACAUCUGGAGGGCUGCCAAGUAUCUGA